AUGCAGAUCAGCCACAUCCUCUCCGUCCUGGCCGUGAUGGUCUCUGUCACUGUCGCUUGUGACCCCAGCCAGGACUGCUGCUGGUCCGGCCGGGGCGGCUGCAGGAACCAACACAAGACUCGCAACGGUGUAUGCGACGAGCCAGCGUAUCAGCUCGACUUCUGCAACAAUUUUGGUGUUGAAUGCGGCGCCGAUUGCUGUGCGAUCUCAACAGGUUGGGGCCGUGGAUGCCCAUAA